CAUUUACAAUAGGACGAAACUGUCAAAAUUGCCCAAUAGCCUCAUCUCUUUCCCGUUAGAACCCUAAACCCAGAAGUUCCCAUCUUCACUCACUGCAAAUGCCACUGAAAUCGUAACUUUAAAAUCCUCAAUAUAAUCACCAAAAUGCCAUCCAUGAUUUCAUAUAUCCCUUCCAGAUAUCUGGCUCGAACCCUUUUCUCUAUGACCCGGACUUUCAGCACCGGUAUCGAGACCCAGAACCGAACCGAAAAGCUUGAACGAAUAGCAGAUGAGCUUUUGAGUCUCAACAAGAUAGAGCGCUUCGAUUACGCAAUCCUCUUAAGGCACAAAAUGGGUCUGAACCGGUUCGGCCCGGCAGCUUCCGGAGCCGGUCUACAGUCCACGUCAGCAGCAGGCGGCUCAGCAUCCGCGGCUGCGCCACAGGCCGUCAAAGAGAAAACAGCGUUUGAUGUGAAAUUGGAGAAAUUUGAUGCAUCGGCGAAGCUUAAGGUGAUUAAGGAAAUUAGGGCGUUUACCGAUUUGGGUCUCAAGGAAGCUAAGGAUCUGGUGGAGAAAGCACCGGUGGUGGUUAAGAAAGGGAUGCCGAAAGAUGAGGCUGAGAAGAUAGUGGAGAAGCUCAAGGAAGUCGGUGCUACUGUAGUAUUGGAAUGAACGAAUGUUUACUUGUUUUGGUAAUGUAGAAUUAUAUGAAUUUUUGAUUGAUAUAUGAUAAAUGUUUUUUGAGUGUUCAUUAUUGAUUUUCAAUAAUUGACAACAUAUUUUCGGAUUAAUUUGAAACAUUAGCAGUCAGAUUUACAUUUGCAAUUGAAGUGAAAUAUUAGAUUUUCA